GUAAACUUAUACCAGAGCGUACGGGUGCCGACCCCCUUCAUUAGGGAGAUUCUCACCACACUUGGAAAUCCCAACCUGAUAAUACUCGCCUGCGAGAUUCGCAUUCUCACAAACGAACAUCCCGCUCCGGUGGUGAGUAUAUUAAAAGGCAAAUGUUGUAUGAACAUUCAUUCAGUUACAAUUUAGAAUCCAGCCAGUACAGUAAAUUUGCAAAAUGCUCGUCAGUAAUGUGCUUUUGCUUCUGGUUCUAACCAUUUUCGAUGGUCAAACUCGUGGUGCCCCUAUAGAACAUAGAUUGGAAGAUGUGUUGAUAUUCGAUAGAGAUCCCGAUCAACCUUCGAAAACGGUCGAGCUUGCAGAUCCAACGAAACCAAUUGAAAUUCCUUCGAUAUCCCGAGACGAUGCAGAGGUGAUACUGAAGGGACUUGGCUAUAACGAAUCCGAGCCGGACGACUUCGGAGUGUCAAAAAGAUUCAACUUCGGUCAGGAUCUAUCGUUUGAGGAAAUGGUGCGAAACUUUCAGAGAUCGGUUGGCUUGGAAGAAACCGGACAGUUGAACGAUGAAACCAAAGUGACUAUGGCAGCUCCACACUGCGGAAUAACAAGUGCGGAGAAACGGGGAGGUGUCGCCAGAUGGACUAAACGGUUGAUAAGCUACAGAAUUCGAGACUAUCCAGCCGGUGCAUCGUCGUCGUUUGUCCGCAGUAUGAUGAAGCGUGCCUUCAACGAGUGGAGUAAAGUGACGAAUUUGGACUUUGUCGAAAGCAACGAUCGAAGUGCAGAUAUCGAAGUCAACUUUGGAGGAGACUCACAUAACAGACGGGACAGGCGGUGCACGUUCCAAAGUUCCUUAACGAUGGCACAUGCGUACCCUCCGGAAGACGGGGAUGUGCACUUCAACUCCCAAUACUUUUUCGAAAAUUCAAAAUAUAGGGAAGAUUUCCUAGACACCGCAAUGCACGAAAUCGGUCACUCUCUGGGAUUGGCACACUCAGACGAGAAAGGGGCUCUGAUGUAUCGAUCGAGCUUGUCCCGCUUCAUGGAACCACAGCCUGACGAUGUGAGGCGAAUACAAGAACUAUACGGAUCCCGCAGAGGUGGUCGAGCGCUCGGUAAUACUGCAGCCCCUCGGUUCUGCACCGUUACCAAAUACGACGCCGUUGUCGAUGAUUCCACCGGAAGAUGGGCGGUUCUAGCUGGCAAGUAUUACUACGAUUCGGAUGUCAACAAUCCCACUGGCAAGCUCAUAUCGAGCCGAUGGCCCGGCUUACCCGGGAACAUUGAUGCGGCCUUCCGAUACCCCGACGGACGGGUGUACUUCUUCAAGGGUGACCGCUUCUGGCGGUACCGGGGCAACCGACUGGAUGCUGGCUAUCCACGGAGGAUCUCCGAAGGCUUCCCUGGACUGCCGAACAACAUUGACGGAGCGUUCGUUGAUUCGCGAAACAAGAUCUUUGCACUGAAGCAAAACAAGUACUGGGUGUACAAUUCGAAUGAGGACACCACACCGUCCUUUGCGUUGAGUUCUUUGGGUUUGCCGAGAAACGUAGAUGCAGCAGUGGGAACGGGAAAAUCGUUCGUUGUUUUCAGAGGAAGAAAUUUUUACAGGUUUCAAAACGGUAAAUUUAAGGAGUUUAGAAAUAAAUGGAUGGAAUGUAGAUAA